AUGGUCCCAGAGCUCUACCUGACGUUUGACUUUGGGAAUCUACAUCUGCCUCUGGUGCUGGAAGAAGCUUCUCUGGAGACAGUUAUGCUAGGUUCCGUCAGCAAAUAUAGCAGAGUAUCAUUAACAAGAGUUGGCUCUGUCACAUGGAAUGCAAAUGACUCCAGACUCUGGUUAAAGAAUCAGCUGAACCUACGGUUUGCUGUCAGAAGAGUAAGCACAGUGGCUCUUCAUUCAACUUCGUAUUUGGCAAUGAUUUUUCUGUUGGUGAUGAACAACACGAUAACCACCUUCAUUCUGUUGGGACUAACAGAUGAUCCUCAACUUCAGAUUCCAAUUUUUGUGUUUCUAUUUUUUGCCUACAUGCUCAGCAUAACUGGAAAUCUGACUAUCAUAUCCCUCACUCUAUCAGACUCUCACCUUAAAACACCUAUGUACUUUUUCCUACAAAAUUUCUCCAUAUUAGAAAUUUCAUUUACAUCUGCUUGUAUCCCUCGAUAUUUGUACAACAUAGCAACCGGAGACAGGUCAAUCACGUACAAUGUUUGUGUCAUUCAAGUGUUUUUUACUGAUGUUUUCGGAGUAACUGAAUUUUUUCUGCUGGCCAUUAUGUCCUAUGAUCGCUAUGUGGCCAUCUGCAAACCCCUGCAUUAUGUAACCAUCAUGAACAGCAAGGUGUGCCAGACGCUCGUGGUCUGCUGCUGGGCGGCUGGUGUGCUCAUCAUACUUCUGCCACUUACCCUGUUCCUAAAUUUGAAAUUCUGUGACUCAAAUGUUAUUGAUUAUUUCUUCUGCGAUGCAUCUCCCAUCUUGAAGAUCUCGUGCUCAGACACUUGGCUCAUAGAGCAGCUGGUGAUUGUCUGUGCAGUGCUGACCUUCAUUCUGACCCUGGUGUGCGUUACGCUGUCCUACGUACAUAUCAUCAAGACUAUUCUAAGAUUCCCCUCUGCCCAGCAAAGGAAAAGGGCCUUUUCCACCUGUUCUUCUCACAUGAUUGUAGUUUCAAUCACCUAUGGAAGCUGUAUUUUCAUUUACAUCAACCCUGCGGCAAAAGAAUCAGUGGCUAUCAAUAAAGGUGUAGCAGUUCUGAUGACAUCGAUUGCUCCCAUGUUGAACCCAUUCAUUUAUACUCUGAGAAAUAAGCAAGUGAGACAAGCCUUCAGUGAUUCCUUCAAAAAGAUUGCCAUGCUCUCAAUGAAGAAAAAGAAUGUUCAUAUAUAG